CAUCAAAAUUUUAAAUUAACAUUCGAUCUAACCAUCAAGUUUAUUUAUCAGCAAAUUCGUAGUGCAAAAUUUGUUAGAAUUUAAUUCAUUGUGAAAUUAUCAGGAACAGUAUAGAACUAUGGAUAGUAGAAGCAAUGACGCCCAGCAAUUUCAAGCCAAUCCCAGUGAACGACAACAACAUCCCUUAGCAAACUAUCAAUUUAGUCCCGAUGAACUGCGCGCUAUCAAGGAAUGUGACGUAGAAUCGCUAAUACAAAGGUCUCUUCCAAUUGGAACCGGUUUUGGCUUGGCUGCUUAUUAUGCGGUUAGGGGUGGCUACUUAAAGGGAAGCGUCAAAUGGGGUCCGACACCUAAGACAGUCGUAGCAUCAAUCAUCGGAUAUUUCAUCGGUAAACUGAGCUAUCAAAAUAAGUGCGCUGAGAAAAUUAUGGCGCUACCCGACUCCAAGUUGGGUGAAAUGUUGAAGAUGAAAAAAAAGGGUGGCUUGUAUGAGAACUUGACACCUGACCAAGGAUUCGGCGCUGGACUAGCAUUAGCUCCAUUUCAAUCGGCAACUGAAAAGUAUUCAGAUGAACUUCAAAGGUCAACAUCACUCAAUCUCGACACAGAGCGACCAUCAAUGAGUGGUCUUGACGACACCUUCCGUCCAAAUCUUGAUGGUCCCGCAUCUGCUGUCGAAGAUGACAACAUACCAUUAAGUCCACCGAAAAAUCAAACUUCGUACGACGAACUGAGACUCAAACAUCGUGAAGAUUUUGCAAAGAAGAAUCCAUUUCAACAGAAUCAAAAUCCCUUGUACCGUCCUAUGCCGUCACAAGAGGCAACUCCCGUUGUUCGACCGGAACAGCAAGCAGACGCACAGCAAGAGGUUCCUAGAGGAGCUAAAAACAAAUAUGGUGACGUUUGGACUCAGUGACUUAAUAUGAUUUUCGCUUCCACACUUGUACAUUAAGACGAGAAAUUAUAUAGUUGAUGCUUGCAUAGAAA